UAGUCGGUAGUUUAUACUGUAACUACACUCCGUGAAAUAACAGAACUAAUAUAAAACAGUGUUUGUUUAUUAUUGUAAAAAAAGUCUUCAAAGAAAAAUUAAUUUGAGAAAAAGAGAGUAGGGUAUAACAAAUGGGUGAGAAUAUACAACAAUGGGAUCCGUCUAGAGAUCUGUUUUAUGGUUCAAGAACAACAGAAUACACCACUGCAGCAGACAAUCAUCGAAACCUAAAUAAUGGUGGCAGUUACCACAAAUAUCUACCUUUCUUCCUAGCCCUUAACCUGACCCAACCAUACAUUUAUAAUAUCCAAAACAACAACCAUAACUUAAUAUCGUCUGGAGAAACGCAUACACUAUUCCCACAUCAUUAUCCUAUUGAACCGUCCUAUCCCCAUCCCUUAGAACAGACUGGAGCAUUUAAAACAUGGUACAGAUGGAAACAGAUUGAUUUUUUAUUCCCCUCCGAACAAGAAAAGUACGAUGCGAUAUCUAGUGGAAAAUUUAUUCAAGAAAAUGUGCUUCCCUUAGGAGUUGAAACUUACAAAGAUAGGAUUUUUGUUACUUGUCCGAAGUGGAAGACUGGCAUUCCAUAUACACUAGCAGUACUUCCCAAAAUACCGCAAGAAGAAUCACCAUUAUUAGUACCCUAUCCCAGCUGGAAUUUUCAUCGUACAGGCUCAUGUACUGGUCUGACGUCUGCAUUUCGCAUGAUAGCAGAUGUAUGCGGUCGUCUAUGGGUUUUAGAUUCGGGUCUUAUUGAGAUCUCAACAAAACCUAUACAAGUUUGUCCACCUACGAUAUUCAUUUUUGAUCUAAACACUGAUUAUCUCAUUCAUCGCUACGAAUUACCAGAAGAAUUCAUCAAGCAGGACAGUCUGUAUUCUAAUUUAAUUGUUGACAUAAGAAGAAAACAAUGUGAUGAUGCAUAUGCCUAUAUCACUGAUGUAUGGAGAUUUGGAUUGGUCGUUUUUAGUCUCAAAAACAACAAAAGUUGGAGAGUAACUGACCAUUUAUUUUUUCCGGAUCCCUUGGCGGCUGCUUUUAAUAUACACGGGAUCGAUUUUGAAUGGACAGACGGGAUAUUUUCGUUAGCAUUGAGUCCUGAAAAUCCCAACAGCGACGACAGGAUCCUAUUCUUUCAUCCUAUGUCAAGUUUUCGAGAAUUUUAUGUGCCAACGUCGGUCAUUCGUAACGAAACUGGCUGGAUGACCGCUAAGGAAAGUUUCAAGAUUUUGGGACAAUCGAGAGGAAUAAAUGGACAUGCAUCGGGUGCUGGUAUGGACAGAAAAGGUGUUCUCUUUUAUAACCUCAUAUCGAAAGACGGAGUUGCUUGCUGGGAUUCCCACAAACCUUACACCAGAUCGAACCUAGGGAUUCUUGUCCAUAACAGUGAAACGAUGUUUUUCCCUAACGAUAUGAGAAUGGACAGGGAAGAAGACACAAGCGUUUGGAUACUAACCAACAGGUUGCCGGCGUAUUUAUACAGGAGUCUGAACAAACAUGACUACAAUUUUAGGAUUAUAUCAGCAUAUGUUGAUGAAGCCAUCGAAGGGACUGUUUGUGACCCAGAAAUAAACCAUAGUGAAGUGUUAUAUUAGCAAAAAAAGGAAUCAUAAAUAAUUUGUAAUACCAAACACACAGUAAUGUAAAUAAUAGAUAUUGUGUAUUCCACUUUAAAUAUUGUGAAUUAAGAGACCGGAAUUGUGUUACGGAACAAAGGUAUAGAGUGCACCCUUACGUAAAA